AUGACAUCGUCCUCUCGUCGACUUCGCAAGGAAUUAGCGGAUAUUCAGGCGUCAAAUUCUAGGACUUUUUGUAAUGUUGAAUUCGAUGAAUCUAACUUACUUCAUUGGACAGGUCUUCUAGUACCUGAUAAAGAGCCUUACAAUAAAGGUGCCUUUAAAGUUUCAAUUGAUUUUCCGGUUGAAUAUCCAUUUAAACCACCAAAACUUACUUUUGUCACAAAAAUAUAUCAUCCUAAUGUUGAUGAAAAAGGCCAAGUCUGCUUACCUAUUGUUGCACCAGAUAACUGGAAGCCUGCCACGAAGACGGAACAAGUUUUGAAUGCCCUGUUGACAUUAAUCACUGAGCCAGAACCAGAACACCCAUUGCGAGCAGAAUUGGCAGAAGAAUAUGUUAAAGAUAGGAAGAAAUUCAUGAAGAAUGCUGAGGACCAUACGAAGAAACAUGUUAUGGCAGAAGAGAUGAGGAUAUUGGUGACUGGUGGGACCGGUUUAGUUGGAAUGGCUUUACAGAAGAUAGUAGCCAAUGAGGAGAAACGUGUGAAUGAACAAUGGUUUUUUACUGGAGCUGAAGAGUGCGAUCUAAGUGAUUUAGAAUCGACACGGAACCUCUUUCGGAAGUAUCGUCCGACCCAUGUCAUCCAUUUAGCUGCUAUGGUUGGGGGAUUGUUUCACAAUUUGCGACAAAACCUUCAGUUCUUUAGGAAAAACAUGCAAAUUAACGAUAACGUGCUAUUGCUCUGUCACGAAAAUGACGUUCGUAAAUGUGUGUCUUGUUUAUCAACUUGUGUCUUUCCCGACAAAACUACUUAUCCAAUUGAUGAGACUAUGGUACACAACGGCCCUCCACAUGACAGUAAUUUCGGCUAUUCCUAUGCAAAGCGUAUGAUUGAUGUUAUGAAUCGAGGAUACGCGCAAGAGUUUGGGAGAAGGUACACAGCAGUUAUACCAUGCAACGUUUUUGGACCUCAUGACAAUUAUAACUUGGAAAAUGGUCAUGUAAUUCCAGCACUAAUCCAUAAAACAUACAUUGCGAAACGCGAUGGGAAAUCUUUAGAGGUUUUCGGGAGUGGUAAACCGCUGAGGCAGUUUAUAUAUUCUCUCGAUCUUGCUCGUCUGUUUGUUUGGGAAAUAGAGCCUAUCAUUUUAUCUGUGAACGAAGAAGAUGAGGUCUCUAUAACGGAUGCAGUCAAUGCAGUUGUUGAAGCAUUUGAUUUCAAGGGAGAGAUCGUAAAGGAUGAAACAAAGGCGGAUGGGCAAUACAAGAAAACUGCUUCAAACCGCAAACUACGAAAAUAUCUGCCAGAUUUCAAAUUUACACCUUUUAAGGUUGCAAUAAAAGAAUCUGUAGAUUGGUUCGUAGCUAAUUUUGAUCAGGCUCGCAAGAUUCAACAAACUUUGGCGAAGAAUCUUUUUCAACGCUAA